GUUAUAUUGAAAAGCUGUUACUCCGACAUUCCUGAAACAAUUCGUGAGCUUUGCAAUGAUUCUGAUGUUAUUGAUUGCAAUCGAUGUUCAGGAGAUAAUUGUAACGACGACACUGUCAGAAGAGGAACAAAAUGUUACACAUGCUCUGGUCUAAAUUGCUUAAUUAUUGACUCGCCAACAAAUAUUGUUGACUGUCAGUCGUCUUGUUACAUUGGAAUAAAUGAAAAUGGUGAAACUACGAGAGGCUGUGCAAGUGAUUUUAAUAAUCCUGAUCAAUGUUCAUUUGAUAAGAAUUCUCCAAAUGAGUGUUUUGUGUGUGCUGAAGAUAAAUGCAACGCAAUAAUUUAUCCUUUAGCUGGGAGACUUGUUUGUUAUAAUUGUCGGGAAGGUAAUUGUGGUUUAUCAGAUGAUAAAUUGCAGUAUUGUCCAAUUUAUAACCAAGAUGAAAGAUGUGUCACUGUAUUUGAUGACGGAGCUGAUGAAGUCAUUGCGAGAAGCUGCUUGUCAGUUCUUGAUAAUCAAUUUAGAGAAGCAUGCUACACAAAACCCUCAAACUGUUUUAAAUGUGAUUCUCCGAAAUGCAAUAUUGACGAAUCAAAAUCCAAAACAGAAUAUUGCAUCGGAUGUGAUUCCGAAGACGAUCCAAAGUGUUUGGAAGAUGAUGUCACGCAAGAAAAAAGAUGUUCAACUAAUAAAUGUUUCACGAGAUUAAAAGACAAAAGUGAAGAUUACUUUGGUCGACAUAUUGAACGUGGUUGUUUAGAUGAUCUCGAACAAACGAGAGAAUGCCUUGAACCAGAUUGCAUUUCAUGUACUGGUAGAAAUUGUAACAACAAAAUAUUUCCAGAAGAUCGCAUUUCAUGCAAAUAUUGUGAACUGAGUCAAUGUGAAAAUGAAAUGACUGACAAGAUAUGCAAUCAAUAUGUUGACAAUGAAGCUUGCUUUACAUUUUUUGGGGAAGAAGGUGAAGUCAUUUAUAAAGAUUGCUUCUCGGAUGCUCCAUUUGAAACUCGUAAAGUUUGUGAUAAUUCAACUGAUCUUGGAUGCACGAAAUGUGAAGGAAAUCUUUGUAACAUUGACACUGUUCGAAGGGGAAGCAAAUGCUACAAAUGUUCAGGAAUUGAUUGCUUCAUCCCUCUGAUUACAAACGUUAUCGAAUGCUUAUCAGGAUGCUAUGUUGGAGUCAACGAAGAUGGUUUCCCAUUAAGAGAUUGUGCAGAUGCAAUUCCAGAUUCACUUUCCUGUGGAACAAAAAAUUUCUUCUGCAUGAUUUGCUUCGGUGAUUUUUGUAACUCGAAUGUCUUCCCAAUUCAAAAUCGUCGAACAUGCUUGAAAUGUAAGAAUGAAGAAUGUGAAACAUUGCAAACAAUCUCACAAUAUUGUGAAAAAUUCAAUCCUGAUGAGAAAUGUGUCACGAUUUUUGAUGAAUAUGAAUCUGUCAUUGAACGUGGAUGUUCAUCGACUUUAGCAAACUUAAACAUGUGCAGUUAUGAUAAUCCAAACUGUUUGCAUUGUGGAUUUGAUGAGUGUAAUGUCGAAACAUCUCCAACUGAAAAGUAUCAUUGCGUCUCGUGUUCAUCUUCGGGAAAUGCAAAAUGUGUGACAAAUCCAAUGGAAACAUCAAUUCAAAGUUGCCCGGUCGAACAAUGUUACUCCAAACUUUUACCAGCAGAUGGAAAUGGACAACAUAUCGAACGAGGCUGUGCGUCACAAAUCUCAUCAUGUUCAAGAGAUUCCUGUGAGAUUUGUAAUGGGGAAAUGUGCAAUGUCAAUAUUUUCCCAUCAGAUCGUCAUUCUUGUUUCUUUUGCUCUGGUGAUCAUUGUGCAUUUGGCCAUUCAACUCAACAACAAUGCGUCCUGUACAAUCAAAGUGACAAUAAAUGUGUGACAAUUUUUGGUGACAAAAGUGAAGUUAUUUAUCGAGACUGCUAUGUUGACGCUGCACAAGGAACGAAGAAUAUUUGCGAUAAUUUGAAUGAUUUAACAUGCACUCAAUGUUCAGGAAUAAAUUGCAAUAAUGAUCUUGAACGAAGAGGAACGAAAUGCUUGAAAUGUGAAGGGCUCGAAUGCUUCAAUGUCAUUGACACUUCAAAUUCAAUCGAUUGUUCAGGUAAUGGAUGCUAUGUUGGAUUAAACGAAAAAGGAGAAACAAAACGUGAUUGUGCUGAUGAGGUUUUCAAUGAAAAUUGUGUCACAAAUGAUGAUGAAGAUGGUGUCUGUCUGAUAUGUAAAGAUGACUACUGCAAUGCUAUUGCUUUUCCAAUGACUAAUCGAUUAAUGUGCAAAACAUGUGUCAGUGAUUCAUGUGAAUAUAAUCAGCUGGAUAAUAAAUAUUGUGAAACUAUCAGUUCAGUAGAACGAUGUGUGACUGUCUUUGACAAUAAUGAAAAAGUCAUUGAACGUGGUUGUUUGUCUACAAUUCAAAAUAUCGCUCUAUGUUCAGAAAAUAGUCCAAAUUGCAUCAAAUGUAAUUUCAGCGAAUGUAAUAUUCAGGAAUCAAAAGAACAAAUGUUUUAUUGUGUCUCUUGCAAUUCUCAAGAUGAUCCAGCAUGUGUUUUGAGUUCAGAAACACCAACAAUCACUUCAUGUAAAACAAAUCAAUGCUAUUCAAAGUUGAUAUCAAUUUAUGCUGAAUCACCAUGGCAAUAUGUUGAGAAAGGUUGUGUUUCUGAUCUUCAAUCAACAACAACAUGUUCAGAUGAAACUUGCACAAUUUGUGAUGGUGAUCGAUGUAAUAACAUUCUUUACCCAUCUGAUCGAUUUUCUUGCUUCAGUUGUCACAGCAGCAGUUGUGAAAUGCCAUCAAUAACUUCAUCAAUAUGUAAGCUUUACAAUCGAGAACAACAAGGAUGCAUCACACUGUUUGGAAUGGAAGAUGAAGUGUUUUAUCGUGGUUGUUAUUCAGAUGCAGCUGAUGGCACGAGAAAAGUUUGUGAUGAUGAAUCUCAAUUACUUUGUUCGUUUUGUAACACUGACAAUUGUAACUCAGACACGAAACGACGAGGUAGAAAAUGUUUCCAAUGUGAAGGUCUUUCAUGUUUCCAACCAGUUUAUCCGUCAGAUGCCAUUGAUUGCCUUUCAAAUUGUUACAUCGGAAUUAAUCAAAAUGGUGAAAAUGUCAGAGGAUGUGAAAGUAGCUUCAUCAAUACGACUUCUUGUGGCAAUCGUGAUGCUGAUGAUGACCAAUGCUAUGUUUGUGAUGAUGAUUUCUGUAAUGGAAUACAAUUUCCAUUAAGAAAUCGCCUCCAAUGUCACACUUGCAGUGAGGAAGAUAAUUGCACUGAUGAUGAUGAAAAUUUGGAAUAUUGCCAGAGAUAUUCAGAACAUGAAAGAUGCGUCACUGUUUUCUCGGAAGAUGACAAAGUCAUUGAACGUGGAUGUUUAUCAUCGAUUCAAAAUCAACAAUACUGUGAUCAGAAUUACGAUAAUUGUCUGCAAUGUUCAUCAACUGCUUGCAAUAAAAUAAAUUCAAAAAUAUCUCGAACUUGUGUUACUUGUGACUCAAAACAAAAUGUGGAGUGCAUUGUGGAGCCUUCAUCAAUGCCAACUAAAAAUUGCAGAAAAGGAUGUUACACGAUGAUCAUAAAUGGAAAUCUGAUUCGUGGUUGUCUUGAUGACGUAGAUGAUGACUUUAAAUGUAGCAUUGACAACAACUGCAAUUACUGUAAUGACAUCGAAAAAUGUAAUUCUGAAAAUUAUCCAAAAGAUCGAAAAAGAUGUUUAACUUGUAAUGGGACAAACAGUUGCAACAAUCCAACAUCACAACUUUGUACUAGAUAUGAAAUUAAUGACAGUUGUGUAACAAUAUUCAAUCGAUAUCAAGUUGAGAAGAAGGGAUGUUUAGCUGAUCAAUCUUUAGAAGAUCAAGUAGUCUGCUCUGACUCAACAAAUGGUUUAUGUGCCUCCUGUUCACAUAAAGACAAUUGUAACAUUGCAACUGUGCGAAGUGACGAGAAUUGUAUUAUUUGCAACUCGGCUUUGGAUUCAAAAUGCGCUCAAACACCAAAUGAGUUGAAUGUUGAGCAUUGCUCUAGUGAAAGUAACGGAGAAUGUUUUGCAAGAAUCGAAGGCAGUCUCACAAUUAGAGGAUGCAAAGGAGAUUUAUCAUUGCCAGAUUUCAUUGAAUGUAAUGACAACAAAAACUCUUCACAAUGUUUGAUCGCUUUCGGUCAAGGUUCAAAUGAUGGAAUGGUGCCCAGAAAUAGAUUGACCUGCUAUCACUGUGACAGCAAAAUUGACCCAGGUUGUGUAGAAGAUCAAGUUGAACAAACCAACAACAAACCUUUACCUUGCAAAAAUUAUUUAAGCCCUGAAAAAUGUUUUAUUCUGAAAUAUCACGAUGGAAAUAUUGUUCGUGGUUGUGUCGCUGAUUUCAGUGCUGAUAUCUGCCAACAAGGAACAUGCACAAAAACUUGCGAAGAACCAGACUGCAAUUUCAAUCACAGCAUAAUUAAUAAAGUUGAUGUAAUUUGUUUGUCAUUGUCAAUCAUUUUUUAUCUGAUUAUGAAAUGA